AUGCCGGUACCGCGUGGCGGAGUUCGCAGGGGACGAGGAGCAGCAGCUAAUAAGCAGAAAAAGGAGAAGGUUCCUAGUCCGAUCGACGCUGGAGAGGCGAUAGCGACGAGAACAAGGCGGAGGCGAGCGGCGGCUGCGGCGGCAGAAGCAGUGCCGAGUAAUCCGAAUAACAGGAACGAGACUAAUAAGGCGAAAGAAGAGGAGCACAAACGAGAGGAGGUGGUGGCGGUGGGUGAUGAGCAAAACGUAGUCGUUGAGGAGGAGGAGGAGGAGGAGGAGGAGAAGGAAGUGGAAGAGAAGAAAAUGGAUGAGUAUAGUGGCGGAGGCGGGCCCGGUGGCGCUCCGAGUAAUGAUAAGGCAAAUGCUGGUGAAGACGAAGGAAGCACAACUCCGCUUCCUGAGAAGGUUCAUGUUGGUGGUUCCCCUGUUUACAAAGUAGAACGAAAGCUGGGUAAGGGUGGCUUCGGACAAGUUUUUGUUGGUCGACGUGUUUUGAAUACAAAUGAGAGAACUGGCCCAGGAGCUGUAGAGGUAGCCUUAAAAUUUGAGCAUAGAAAUAGUAAAGGGUGUAACUAUGGACCACCAGCUGAGUGGCUAGUAUACAACACUCUUGGUGGCAGCCAUGGUGUGCCGCGAGUACACUUUAAAGGCCAGCAAGGCGACUAUUAUAUCAUGGUUAUGGAUAUGUUGGGGCCAAGCUUGUGGGAUGUUUGGAAUAAUAACUCUCAUACAAUGACCACUGAAAUGGUUGCAUGCAUUGCCAUUGAAGCAAUAUCAAUAUUGGAGAAGAUGCAUUUUCGAGGGUAUGUACAUGGGGAUGUAAAGCCUGAGAAUUUUCUGCUUGGCCCACCUGGGACUUCUGACGAGAAAAAGUUGUUUUUAGUUGAUCUUGGACUAGCAACUAGAUGGAGAGAAACUACAACUGGUCGGCAUGUAGAAUAUGACCAGAGGCCAGAUGUUUUCAGAGGAACAGUGCGUUAUGCUAGCGUGCAUGCUCAUUUAGGGAGAACGGGUAGUAGGAGAGAUGAUCUCGAGUCUCUAGCUUACACCCUUGUAUUCCUUCUUCGCGGUCGUCUGCCUUGGCAAGGAUACCAGGGAGAGAAUAAAGGGUUUCUUGUUUGCAAGAAGAAGAUGUCAACAUCUCCAGAGAUAUUGUGUUCCUUCUCUCCGCAGCCUUUUAGACAGUUUGUGGAAUAUGUGGUGAACUUGAAGUUUGAUGAAGAACCUAAUUAUGCAAAAUAUAUAUCACUCUUUGACGGGAUUGUUGGUCCAAAUCCUGAUAUCAGGCCAAUAAACACAGAGGGUGCACAGAAGCUUAUUAAUCUGGCUGGUCAUAAGAGAGGAAGAUUGACAAUGGAGGAAGAUGAUGAACAACCAAAGAAGAGGAUUCGAAUGGGUACGCCAGCAACACAAUGGAUUAGUGUCUAUAAUGCUCGCAGACCAAUGAAGCAAAGGUAUCACUAUAAUGUGGCUGAUACAAGGCUUGCUCAGCAUAUUGAGAAGGGGAACGAGGAUGGGUUAUAUAUUAGCAGUGUGGCCUCUUCUCAAGAUUUGUGGGCCUUAAUUAUGGAUGCAGGCACUGAUUUCACUUCCCAAGUUUACGAACUCUCACCAUGUUCUCUUCACAAGGAAUGGAUAAUGGAGCAGUGGGAGAAUAACUAUUACAUCAGUGCGAUAGCUGGAGCUACUAAUGGAAGUUCAUUAGUAGUAAUGUCCAAGGGUACACCAUUUACGCAGCAGUCAUACAAAGUAAGCGAUACAUUUCCUUUCAAGUGGAUUAACAAAAAGUGGAGGGAGGGUUUUUAUGUUACUGCAAUGGCCACUUCAGGAAGUAGAUGGGCAGUUGUUAUGUCUCGUGGUGCAGGUUAUUCGGAGCAGGUUGUUGAACUAGAUUUCCUUUAUCCCAGCGAAGGUAUUCAUCGGCGGUGGGACUCUGGAUAUCGUAUAACAGCAACUGCAGCAACGUGGGAUCAGGCUGCAUUUGUUCUUAGUGUGCCAAGGAGGAAGCCUCAAGACGAAACACAAGAGACUCUUCGUACUUCUGCUUUUCCUAGUACACAUGUCAAGGAGAAGUGGGCGAAGAAUCUCUAUAUUGCAUCUAUGUGUUAUGGACGAACAGUUUCUUAA